GUGAGGCCGGGCCUGGGUUUUGGGUGGGUUGCUGGGUGCUCGCCGCUAAGUGGUUGGGAAUUGUUUGUCUCGCGCGAGUAGGAAGGUGCACCUGUUCUCUCAGCAAAAAUGGAAGACGGGCUAUCUUGACAUUCUCAGAUAUUCUGUGCUGUGACUUCUCCUCUGCUAACAGCUAGAAUGAAACAGUUGCCUGCAGCAACAGUCCGCCUCCUUUCAAGUUCUCAGAUCAUCACUUCAGUGGUCAGUGUUGUAAAAGAGCUCGUUGAAAACUCCUUGGAUGCUGGUGCCACAAGCAUAGAUGUUAAACUCGAAAACUAUGGGUUUGAUAAAAUUGAGGUGCGAGAUAAUGGUGAAGGUAUAAAGGCUGUUGAUGCACCUGUAAUGGCAGUGAAGUACUAUACCUCAAAAAUAAGUAGUCACGAAGAUCUUGAAAACUUGACAACUUACGGUUUUCGUGGAGAAGCCUUGGGGUCAAUUUGUUGCAUAGCUGAGGUUUUAAUUACAACAAGGACGGCUGCUGAUAAUUUUAGCACCCAGUAUGUUUUAGAUGGCAGCGGUCACAUACUGUCUCAAAAACCUUCACAUCUUGGUCAAGGUACGACUGUAACUACUUUAAGAUUAUUCAAGAAUUUACCUGUAAGAAAGCAAUUUUACUCAACUGCUAAAAAAUGUAAAGAUGAAAUUAAAAAGGUCCAAGAUCUGCUCAUAAGCUAUGGUGUCCUUAAACCUGACUUAAGGAUUAUGUUUGUACAUAACAAGGGAGAAGCGGUGCGUCUGUCUAGACAGUUACCCAUGUACUUACCAAAAGAGGAUGUCCAAGAUAUUAUCUACAGAAUGAAGCACCAGUUUGGAAAUGAAAUUAAAGGGUGUGUUCAUGGUCGCCCAUUUUUUCAUCAUUUAACCCAUCUUCCAGAAACAACAUGAUUAAAAUUAGUUACUGAUGAAAUUGAUUUGGUCACAAAACAAAGUCAAUUUUUAACCCAUCUUUGUAUUAUCAUGUGUCAAAUGGUUAUUUUAUAAAUAAGGAUUCA